AACGGAACUAAAAAGGGGUCCAGCUGAACUCUUAUUUAUUGUUCCCCGCCACAGGACCACACACUAACGGGAAAAUCUUCUCUGCUAGAUUGAGAUUAAGUACUGUCAAUAACGCUUAUUCGAUACCCUCAUUCAACCAACUCUUCUUCCAUCAUGGCAAUCUACCCCGGAGGUAAAAGCACCCGCAUUAACUCACCCCGCCAUCUCACACUCCGACACUCCCGACGUAUCGUCGCUACCCGUCAACGAGAAGCUCGCCGGCUCCUUCGUGGGUCUACUGGCGACGAUAGCGAUAGCGGAGAUGAAAUAGACCCGCUUCCACCAGGGCAGGAAAAGCUCAACUCUUUCUGGGCACCCGGAUUGAUAGCCGGUCCAGAAUACCAAAUCAACGUGUCGCAGACGAUAAAGAGCGGGGAUCAAACGUUAACUCUCGAGGCGGAGCAGGACUUCCUCGUUGACGCGCCGCAAUUCUCACUACCAGAAGGGAGCGUGCAUUCGACAUAUCCCCCGGCGGGCUACAGUGACGACCAUCGAAUUUUACCGCAUGUAGUGCUGACAGAUCCACACCUCCCUUGGGAGCGAUUGGGAAGUCCAAAGGCAGGGACAAAUGCCGAGCUGAAGGCGAAGAUGAAGCUCGGGGCAGAACCAGUACGCAACCGCGUGCCGUGGCUUGUGGUUUUUUCCUUCUCCCAAGACGAAUUGCGUGUUCCGCCGGAGGAUCUUGAAUCGAUUUUCCACAAAACCGGGGUUAAGCAGUCUUCCACGAUGACGGUGAACAUGAGCAUCGAGGAUCUUUGGAACUUGUCAAAUGAUGUCACGACUCCUGUUACAGACAACUUGGGACCGGACAUCAAGGACAGCCGCGGCGACUUUAUUUUUGUGAAAUCGGAGCUGUUCACCAGUCUGUUCUCGACUUUCGACGACAAUGGCAAAAGAAAUGAGACCAGCGGGCCAAACACGACUCAGUAUCAGUACCUGGCACACGUACGAAAGAUUAACGGCUCGGGAAUGGCGCUUGCGGGGGUCGAGGACACGGCUGUCUUCAGUGUCGUAGUGGGCAACCGAUCAGGCCCGCUUGACAGUGCCACACCUACAACCAUGUGCGUGCACUUGGUAUCGAUUGAGGGUGUGGAGGACAUGGCCAUCCCUGUCAGCCAAAAGUAUGUGGCGCUCUGUUCGCUGCAUAGUUGGAACUACACCGUCUUGCCGCCUAACACUCUGAAUGUGCCGGACGCGUUUGAGCAUCUUGGCAAGACGCUGAACGUGCUGCGUGCUCCGGAAAGCAUCAUCGAACCUCUGCGCAAAUCGGAAGAUGACGUACCCAAGCGCGUGGUCAGUCGUCUCGAAGAUGGUUAUACUUUGACCAAAUACCGAACGCAAACAGGCGAAGCAACUGUUGGAAUGUACAGAGGUCCCCUUACGCCUACGUAUGUGCCACCGCUAGAAGCCUUGAGUAACUGUUCCAAUUCGGGAGUGGAUCUACAAAUUCUCGACAAAGAGACGGGUAUCAUGGAUCUCACUUACUCGGUCGCCUGGAAUGUUGGUCGCACCAUGGCUCUCGGAGACGAAGCUUUCACUGCUGCACUCGUCCGCCUUAGGAAUACCAUUCAUACAUCUGCCGUUGGUGCUGCUAAGCUCCAGACAAUCAAAAAGAUCAAUGAGUCUGGUUUCCGCACUAGGAAAGAGCUCCUUGAAGAUCUCCCCGACGUGAUGAAGAGUCUUGCGGCCAUCCAUGUCAAUGGGAAAAAUACUGAUGGCGAGAAAAAUGACGGCGACGACCCAACACCGCCCGAAGUGGACCAGCCACCGUUUUCCCCCGGCGGCCCAAGGAAGCGAUGGUUCCGUCAGAAGCUCGGCCGCAGUGCCAUUCCUAAUCUUUCAUAUUCUUCACCACAUAUCGCGGACAAGUAUCCAGCCGAGGCGUUGAAAUCAGCACGCUCCCUUGCAAGCAGCACAUCAGGCACAUUGUAUGAUGAGACAAAUGACCCACAAUCGACAGACUGGAUGAUAGUGCAGUCAUGGUUGGUCGACCGUAUGUUUCUAGCAGGAGUGCCUGCACACUGCUUAAUAGCAGACCCUACUCAUCUGGAGCCCGAAACCUUGCGCUUUUUCUCCAUCGAUAGGAACUGGAUUGAUGCUCUCCUUGACGGUGCAUUAUCCUUGGGUAACCAUUCAGGUGAUGACAAAGAUCGUGUGGCCAUCAAACACAUGCUCAACGAUUACAUCAACCACAAGCCUGAAGAACUCGACCAUCGUGUCCAAAUACCUACUUAUGGCUUCUACCUACGCUCGGACCUGGUUACUAUGUUUCCUGACUUACGGGUUGAGGUUCUACCAGAUGAUGCGGCGCUAAGUGCGGCCGGAGAAGAGGCUCCUGCUGGUGCUCCACUACUGCGCCAUGAGAUUGUGACGGACGGUGUGAUGAUGGGCUUCAUGGACCGCGUGCCUGGGUCAGCUCAGUUUGCCAGUCUUGUCUUCACGCAACCUGCACAUCAGCAGCGAUUCGCCGUAGCUCGGGGACUUGACGCUACGGAGGUCAAGGUCGAUAUCCGGCGGCAGUAUACAGUGGACCAGGCUACCAGAGAAACAGACAAAGAUAGGCAUAAAGCCUUGAAAGAGCUUGGACCUGAUGAUGCAAAGAACAUUUUCAUUUGGGGUUCCGAGCCAGGCAAAGGACUGAGUGAUCUUCGGAUACUUCGUCUUCCACAAUUCGCGGACCUGCAGCUGCAGACUUUGAGAGAAGGAAUGGGAUCUCACGAUGGAAAGCCGUAUUUCGACGACAACACUGCUACGUCGGCGUUAUUUUCCAUGCAGCUGAACGACCCCAUCUACAACCUAACCAUUUGCGUCAAGGAAAAGCUGUCGUCCAAGGAUGUUGCCGGUCUAACGCCUCCUGGGGCCAGUAGCUCUGAGAUCAGGACGCUAAAACAGCUGGGGACAGCGCUGGUAAACAAUUUUGCCAAAGAACCAGAGAGUAAGGACACUCUCUCCCCUUGGGACAAGUCGGACGAAUACGAUGGAACAGCGACGUUCCGACGUCAUAAAGACUACACUCCCACUUCCAAGGCUCUUGCUAGAAACCUUGCCCCACAUAUUCGCACUCUCAAAGUCCUUUCCGAGGCUUCUUCGAAUGUCACCCAAAACUCUGCGAGCUUCCCCAACGUACGCAGCGUAGCGUCGCCACCAAAGUACAACAUCCGUGUCGGCAGUAACGAUGCCAAGAAUUUUGAUGCAAUUAUGCUGGAGCGCGGAAACCUGGCGCAGGAUUUAAUCUUCUCGAUUGUGCUGGACCAAAACCCCGUCAACCAGUACAGGCUGGUUGAGCUGGAUCUGCAAAUCGCACUGCCAUCGGCCGACGCUACAUAUAAUACGGACGAGUUCCUGAUGUCGAACUACACAGGUCCCGGCGCUCACAUGCUCACCAACUUGCGUUUCAACGUUCUGCCUGCGAUAGUGAAAGACGAGACCACGGAACAGACAUCGUUGCGCUUGCGUCUUCUCCCCCGAUCUGCCAAAGGCUGGGUUGACGUGACCAAGGUGAGCGAGCUUAGCUUCUUGCUUGGUCUGGCUUCCCUCAACGCCCCGACAACGCAAGUGAACCAGUUGGAGAUUCAGUCAUGGGCAGAUUACUGUAUUGAUCCGGAUAAUCCGAAGAUGGAGCCGGACAACACUUAUCGGGUUUAUAAUCCGAAUACGUUGGUGACGGUGGUGAAAAAUGAUAUCAUCUUCUUAUAACUACUUGCCGGAUUUCGAGACAACUAUUGGUCUUCGCUUGAUG